GGUGAUUGGGAGGAGCCGGGAGAGCAGCGGGCUUCGCCGGGGAUUUCCAGCCCGAGCGGGCGGGAGAGGAAGUGCGGGGCGGGGGGAGACGGCGCACAGCGGUCGGGACUUUCCGCCGGGCUGGCGGUCGCCUUCGCCCGGCUCCAGCUGCCGCCCGCCGCCCCGCUCCCCGCACACGCUCGCAGGCAGGGGCCGAGCGCGCUGCAGCCGCAGCCCGUGCCGGGACCUCGGCGGCGGCCGGUGCCCGGGGACAGAUCAGCCUGCGGCGGAGCGGCGCGGACUCUCCUGCCCGGACGCACUCGCACUCCAGGGCUUUGCAGAUUAACCUAUGACUGACUCAUAAUCUGAGAACUGCAGUGGCUUGUAAAAUAGGAAGCAGGAAGGCCCAAGUGCUUAGGCUUAACUGAAUCAAGACCAGCUCUCAGCAGUGGGAAACAAUGUAUUAAUCAGUCGGAAGCACAGACUGCAGGCUUGUGUGUCACUGGGGUUUGUGUUGUGAAUUUUUUUCAUGUAAACAGGGCAAAGAAAGAAACCAGGCAGACUGUAGCAAAGCUCCCUUUAUUGGCAGGAGUAAAGAGAACCCUAUCAGAGCAUUGAGAAAGCCUAUUCUUCUUUCUUCUCAAGCUGCGGAUCAAAUGAGAUUCAAAUAAAACGAAGGAAAUAAACUAUCUUAGAGCAUGGACCCCAGUAAGAAGUCAGAACCCCCUUUAUCUGUAGAAAUGGUACAGCAGAGGGCCAAUCCUGACCGCAGUCCAUCAGCAUCCAUCUAUGUUCCAGAGCAAGGUGGCUACAAAGAGAAAUUUGUGAAUGCCGUGGAAGAUAAGUACAAAUGUGAAAAAUGUCACCUCAUCUUAUGCAAUCCUAAACAGACUGAAUGUGGACACAGGUUCUGUGAAACCUGCAUGAAUGCCUUGCUGAGAUCUUCUAGUCCAAAAUGUACAGCAUGUCAAGAAAGCAUAGUAAAAGAUAAGGUAUUUAAAGAUAAUUGUUGCAGAAGAGAACUACUUGCCCUUCAAAUAUACUGCAGAAAUGAAAACAAGGGCUGUAAGGAACAGCUAUCUUUGGGUCAAUUACUGAUGCAUUUGAGGACUGAUUGUCAGUUUGAAGAACUCCCAUGUCCUCGUGCUGAUUGCAAAGAAAAAAUACUGAGAAAAGAUUUGCCAGACCAUGUAGAGAAGACCUGUAAAUACCGGGAGACAACCUGUAAAUACUGUAAAAGCCAAGUCCCAAUGAUUAUGUUGCAGAAACAUGAAGAUACAGACUGCCCAUGUGUCAUGGUUUCAUGUCCUCAUAAAUGUAGUGUUAAAACGCUCAUGAGGAGCGAGUUGAAUGCACAUUUGUCAGAAUGUAUUAAUGCCCCAAGUACCUGUAGUUUUAAGCGUUAUGGCUGCACUUUUCAGGGAACAAACCAACAAAUUAAAGCACAUGAAGCCAGCUCAGCAGUGCAGCAUGUUAACUUAUUGAAAGAGUGGAGCAAUGCUCUAGAAAAUAAGGUGGCCUUGCUCCAGAAUGAAAGUUUGGAAAAGAACAAGAGUAUACAAACUUUACAUAAUCAGAUUUGUAGCUUUGAAAUAGAAAUUGAAAGACAGAAGGAAAUGCUGCGGAAUAAUGAAUCUAAAAUACUUCAUUUACAGCGAGUGAUAGACAGUCAAGCAGAGAAACUCAAAGAACUGGACAAAGAAAUCCGUCCCUUCCGACAGAACUGGGAGGAGGCUGACAGCAUGAAGAGCAGCGUGGAAUCCCUCCAGAACAGAGUGACUGAGCUGGAAAGCGUUGAUAAAACUGCAGGGCAAGGAGCUCGGAAUACAAGCCUGCUGGAGACCCAGCUGAGCAGGCACGACCAGAUGCUGAGCGUUCACGACAUCCGGCUGGCUGACAUGGACCUGCGCUUCCAGGUCCUGGAAACCGCCAGUUACAACGGGGUGUUGAUCUGGAAAAUCCGAGACUAUAAACGUCGGAAGCAAGAAGCAGUCAUGGGGAAGACUCUGUCCCUGUACAGCCAGCCCUUUUAUACUGGAUACUUUGGCUACAAGAUGUGUGCCAGAGUUUACCUGAACGGGGAUGGCAUGGGAAAGGGGACGCACUUGUCUCUGUUUUUUGUCAUCAUGCGUGGAGAAUACGAUGCUUUGCUUCCUUGGCCCUUCAAACAGAAAGUGACUCUCAUGCUCAUGGAUCAGGGACCGUCUCGACGCCACUUGGGAGAUGCUUUCAAGCCAGAUCCGAACAGCAGCAGUUUCAAGAAGCCAACUGGAGAAAUGAACAUUGCAUCUGGCUGCCCUGUCUUUGUGGCUCAAACUGUUCUAGAGAAUGGAACGUAUAUUAAAGAUGAUACUAUUUUUAUUAAAGUCAUAGUGGAUACAUCGGAUCUACCAGACCCCUGACAUACACUGGGGGAGGCGGAUUAAACAGAAGGCAACUCCGUUUGGGGGUUUUGUAUCAGUUUGUCUUCAAUCAGAGGUCCUAAAGCUCACAGAACCACCUUGUGGAACAGAUGGAAGAGUUUGAAGGCAUAACUGCAUAGGGUCCAAUUGCGAAAGUAGCAACACAUUAAGAAAUCAUACCAUGGUAUAUUUUUUAAUAGAACUAGCAACACUUGAGCUCUGACGAAUCACUUAUCCCUCGUCAGGAUAGUGGUUAUGGUCAGAGAGGAUUUUUUUUAACUUAUUAAUGAUCUAGUCAAUUGGAGGUGAAAAGACAUAUACAGUAUGUGCUGAAUCAAUUACUGACUUUUAUUUCUUUUAAGCUAGAAUACAAGAAAAACCCUUCACAUGUGGGCUAGCUGGAAAUUGUCAGCAUGUUAAAAGAAGAUGAAGUAAUGUUGCAAUUAUGAUAUUCUUUGAAAAACUGAGGUGCAAUCUUGUCUGAAAUAUAGUAUAUUGUCUUUUUAAGGCCUCAUCUGGUCUCUGUUUUAAUAAUUACUUUGUCAGAAGAUCUUGGAAAAGUAUCCAUGUCUUCUCAAAAGUAUCUGAAUCAAAAUCAUAUUUUUAUUUAAAGUUCUAUUGUUACAGAAAACAUUUUAUUUUAAAACUGUUGAUAGACUGAUAUUUCUUGGAAGAAAAAAUAGAAGAUAUCAAACACUGGUUAUCACUUGUGAUAGGAAAAAAAAACUAUUCAAUUCUGUUAUUUCUCUUUAGAAAUGUAAACCUACAAUAUAUGUCGUAGUUAAUGACACUAUUUCAAAAUUAAGGAAAAAUCACUCAUGGAUGCUGUGCAUCAUUAUCAGAUUUAUAAUUGUUUUCACCCUAAAAUAGGGCAUUUGUUGAACUUUGGAGUUCUAAACGGAAUCCUGUACAUUUUUUAAAGUUCUGCCCCAUGCUUUCCAAUCAAGCUAUAUAUGUUGCACAUUAUGCUGUCAGCAGUAUAUAGUAUUUUCAGUAUUGGGGAGGAGGAUUAGUGCUGAAAAAAGCCUCUAUGUUUGUUCUGUACUAGCAGCCAUUGCUUCAAGACAAACCAGCAAUGUCUUAAUACAGUGAUGGUGGCUUGCAUGCAUACAUGUGCCUUAGAUGUGCUGUGCUGCUUAUAAACCAUAGCUUUUUAUUCAGAUUAAUUCUGAUAUCUGAAAUGGUAGUUUAAUUGGACUUCAGGCAUAAUGUUUAGCCUUGUCUUCAGAGCCCUUAGGUACCUUGUAAUGUACGAAACAGAGGCCAAAGCCCACUGCUUUGGCUUCUGCAGCUUCUAUGACUUGGCCAUGGUGGAAUCCAUCCUGUUGAGGUGCCAAAACGUUAUGCUCAGUGCUCCUAUGGAGCUUGGACUAGACAGUCUCCAUGGCCACUGCAAAGGCAGGCAACAUUUUUCCUCUAAUGCCUGUGGCUGUAAGGUGGCAUCACUUGAAACUAAUCCAUCUGAGAACUCUGGGGCUGUGAAUAUGGAUGCUCGUGGCAGCUUCUCAUAGCAGACAAGCAUCCUAAUGGGGAAUGCAUGGGCUUCUUUCUUGUAACAGCCUCAACUGUAGUGAAAAGCAUUUGCUAGCCCUGAAACAUGCUGAUUGCAACCUGCUGUGUUCAUCUGCUUCUAUUUAAUAGCCUGUGACAAGCAAGUCCAGAGACACAGCCUGACUGUGGUGCUCUUUAAAAUCCUGCUUAAGCAGAGCGGGCUUGCACCACUGUGUUUUCAGCCUUCGUGGGCUUGAAAAACCUAUUGCAUCUCAGCCUUUAGUGUCAGGCUGUAUCCGUUUUCUGCUUUUUUGAGGCAUAGUCACAAUUUUUGUCUAAGGUGCAGUUGAAUUCAUGCCUUUGUAUUUCAGCUUGUCUUUGCCGUUGUCUUUUUUGGCUGUGCCUUCACACACAGUGCCUGCAAGAAGUAUUUAUGGAUAUACAAUGCAUGCUAAGUGGUCUUCAUGGGUUUUCCAGGCACCUGCUAGAAUACUGCCUGCUGCUGAUUGUCCUGACUGUCAGCAGCAACUUGUCUUCCUUUUCUUGCCUUCCAUUGUCCGGGUACUGUACUCCCUCUAUGGUACGUGGCUGUCAACAGGUGCAAGCUCAAAUAUGGAGGCACGUGCUAGCAUUUAAUUUCUAGCACAGAAGGAGGAUGUUCUGCACAAGACAUAAAUAUCUACAGAUAUACCUGCAUCUAUAUCUCUAGAUAUAAUUGUAUGGCACUUGCAGUUUUAUGCAGGCUGCAUAAGUAAACCCAUCACUUACGCUUUAGGGCGAAGGUUCGCUCAACUUGUGUCAUUUUAAUAAUUGUGAAUGUAGGCAGCUGAGCUUUUGUGUUUGUGCAUCACAGAAUUUUACUGAAAACAGGAUUCCCAAGUGGAAAUGUCCAAAGGACUCUCCUCCCAUUGCUAAUGCAUGUCUUGUAAAAUUAAAUGAAACCGUUUGGCCAUCUCAAAACAGUUUAUAUCCUGUUUCAAUCUGGGACUUGGAGGAGAUUUUGAGUAUAAGCAGGGCCCGGCAUAUUCUGCAGAUUUGUGACUACAGUUUCCAACUUCUGUGACAGAAUUGCGCUUCUAAAUCCAAGCUCUUUAAAAGAGGAGGAAAAAAAUCAUUUCCAGCCUUUGGUGAUUGAGGACUUUGAAACAUGUGAAUGUGAAAACCAAUAGGGAAGUCUUCCUGAGUCUGCACACAGCCUAAACUAGUAGCUUUAAGAGAUCUGAAUAUCUCGUCUUGGUGGGAUAUUGACUCAGAAACUUCACAGAGAAGUUUAAAUAUGAACACUGCUAACUAUCUAAAUGCCGAUCACUGUAGCAGAAACAUCAGUCACUGUUGUAUUUCACAGAUCUCUAUGCUGCUUUCCACAUCUCCCAAGUGCCAAAAGCACCAGCUGCCAGAAUCUUCAGCUUCACUUGGGCAGCUUUUAUAAUGCAGUAAUGUGCUAUCGAUAUAAAAAUAUUUUUGCAUAUGUGCUUUUUAUCACAGUUAAUAAAAUGGAGGCCUACUGCACUUAUUUUUUAAAACUACAUGAAGCUGCCAGAGAAUUUCCAGUUUGCCAACCCUGCGUACUGUGAAAUCCAGGAUCUUGCUACACAAAUGUAGACACCGCCUGCUGUGGAAUACCUGAAGCCUUGACUGUAACACCCCUUUCUCCGCAGAACUCACAGGCCAUCUCUGUAGAGUUCUUACUGUGUACAUAGAAAUCGGUUUCCUCUGCUUUCCAGCAAGGAGUAUGUAGCAUUUUGUGAAAACAAGGCCACUGUAUAUUCUCUAAGUUGAAAGGAAAAGAUACCUGGUGCUUUACUCAACACUUUAAGUUAUUUAACUGUUUCUCUCAUCGCUGAAAUGCCCUUUAUCCUUUUUCUCUUUGUUCCUGACUGAGAUAUCCAAAGUUUUCUAGGGACUGUCUGUUUAAAGUGAUUUCUGGGACAACACCCUGCCCCUACGUAUACUCUUGAAUCCUGGCAAGCUCCUGGGGGCUGCCACUAUUGCCAGGGGGUCCCAGAGUAUUUGCAUUACUUUGAACAGAGCUCGUUCAGUGGAACCACAUUGUCCUCUACUUAGUAGUAAUUCUUAGCAGCACACAGCUGAAGUCUCUUGCUGGUGUUCUUUCUUCACGGUGACGCUCCAAGUUACGUACAAACCUCUUCCGUUUCCAGCUUCCUCUAGGGAGAUUCCAGUGUGUGACAAUCUGGAUGUUGCCCUUUGUGUACACUCUUCAGCACAGAGUGAGUGCACCUGUUACCUAGAAAGUCUUGAAUCCUAAGCAGGAUGAAACUAUUUGGGUGUUUGAAGACCAACCUGCAAUUAUGAUGCAUGACCAUGUCUGCAUUGCUUCUCUGAGCUAAUUAACUGGGGUCUUGUUUCAGUUACUGUCUACACGGUACACCUUCAACUGCUGACUUACAAUAUGCAAUGUUGAUUUCAGCCUUGUACUGUAAAUGAUGUUCUUCACAAAGAGAAUGUGCAAUAGGAAAAGGGAAUGGUGGGUGGCAUACUUUUGAUGGGAAAAACACGUUAGUUUUUUAAAAACAUGAAAAAAAUGAAAUGCAGCUUAUUUCCUUUUCUUGUGGUGUUUUCUACUUGGAAAAGGAAAGAUGAAGAUAUGUGCCUGUUUCUGUGCCUGGUGAAUUUCUCAAAUGCAAAGGUAAUAGAGAUUUGUGUUAGCUGGGAUUUAAGUGCUGAACCCAUGAAUGUUAGGCUGUGGUUGUAUCGCUUCUGUUUCCUCAGCUUGCCAUGAUUAUGGCUUGCUGAGCUGGAGUUUAAAAGCUACCACCUAUUUGUAUUUGUAUUCCAUCACCUGGGAUAGGCAUUUCACCAACAGUGCAGGGUAUCUGUUGAUGUUUUGUUCAGUUUUUAAAACACUGGUGCUCUUUGGUCCAAGACUGAGAAGCGUGUAGGGAGCGACAAGGAAAGUUGCCUGCACUGCAGAAGAGUGAAAAACAUGACUGCAGUAUUGAUGCCUUUGAUAUGAUUUAACUAUGCAAAUAUACAGAUAGGUGAGGGGGGAAAUUCCUGGGUUGCAUACCUAAUCUCUUAGAUUUUGCUCUGUAAAUUACUUGUAUGUGUGUAGGUACAUACAUAUACACACAGACAUGCAUGCACAUAAAUAUGCAAAGUCUUUUCUUUAUGUAGAAGUGAUGAAACAAAACCCUUUCCUCCAAGUUAUACUUGAUCAAUUGGUGCAAAUAUAACUUGCUGCUAAAGGAGGAUCUUGGCUAAGGGCAAACUGAUUCGUAUCUUUCAGGUUUGAAGACCUGUAUGUAGCAAACACUUCAUUUAGCUUUUCUGAAGACUCUGAAUUGUAAUUUAGGACACAUGUUCUUCCUCAUGUUCUGAUAAUUUGGAGAUUCCUGUAUUUUAAACAACUAUAGCGAUGGGCAACUUUUUGAUUGCAAAUUAUUUCCUCUAAUUAGGAAAAAAAAUUAUAAAAAGCAUCUGGACCUCUUCCCUGGAAUUCCUGUCCUGUUCAGUCAAUACCUUGAUAUUCUGGUUGACCUGGAAGUCAAAGCUACUGCAAUAAAAGUAAUUGAUUUGGCAGUUUAAUCUCAGUUUUUAAUACUGUGUACAGUGUAUAGCAAGUGCUAUUUCUCUUUUUUGGAACAAGGAAAUCAAGGAUUAGAUGUGAUUUUCCCACAGUCACAAAAGGAAUCUCCUGGAGCCGGGACUGAAUGAGAGGUUCCAGUUCCCUAGCGUUAUCUCUGAAUCACGAGGUUUUACUCUUUUAAUAUAUUUAUCCCUUAGAAGAACUGGAAAAUAAGUUGACAUACCCUGAAGACCCACAUCAGGACAGUAAGGGCUAGAAUUAAACAUACAAGCUGUCGUGAUUUGGGGUUGUUACCCGCGUGGUGGCCCAGACGCGCGGAGUGAAGGCCAGCACAGCAUGUCAGUGUCAGUAACAGCAGCAAACCUGUGUCCUGCUCUGUCUGUUCAGAAUUGUCCAACAAAACCAGUCUUGUUUGAUGCUCCUCUUAACUAAGGAGGGCAAAUACCAUUGUACAGUGAAGUGGGUUCAUCUUUGUUCUACCAGUCAGUGUGACUGAUCAUUUCUUCCUUGUGGGGCUUUCUCCCUUUUUCUGUAAACCAAAAUCUGGAGGGCUUAAUUGUUCUUUCUUGCCUCUUAAUCCAGGCCUUUGCAGAGAAGCACCAGAUAGGAAGGUUGUGGAAAACUUUGGAUUGCUGAUUCAGGGACAUCCUCUUAAGAUUUAGAAGACUAGAGUUAUAAAAUACAAAAGGGAUCUGACUAUUCCUGUUUCUCUUCUAAUAUAUGGUCAAGACUGCAGCUUCUGUCUUCCAUUUCAUGAUGUCAGUGUAGAUACUAGGCUGUGUUUUUUCAUUAUUUCCCCUCCAAGUUAGGAUUAGUUCCUUAGGUUCAAAUCAGUUCUGAAUUUCACAGAGAAGCACCUGAGCCAAAACCCUGGAUUCAAACAUCCCAGACUUGAUGUGGAAUUCAAAUCUGGAUCCCGACUCUGUGGCUUACUAACCUACCCAUUCAGGGAAGGGUUUGUUGUCUCUAUGUGGUGUUUGUGUUUUUGGUCCUUUGGAACUAAGCUUUUAAUUUGGUUGCCAGUUCUGCAAGGACUUUUUAACUUCUUAGCAAUGCCGGUGUUCACACGCUCCAUUGCUGGCAGUGCGAUGCGUAGUGAUAAAAUUUGACUCUGUCUAAGGGUUACUGAGAUAAACCAGCAUUACCAUUCGUAAAGGUCAUUUCUUGCAUAGUGUUCCGAGCUUGGUAUUUGAAUAUAGCUCGCACCUGAAAGGACACAUCUUCCAACUAUGACCUGCAUCACUGGCAGAGAGUUGUGUAAUCUGUACUUGUGGAAUGGGAAGGUACAAGCUUCCAUCGUUGCUGAUGCAUCGUGUAAUCCACCUAUUUUGUUUUUCUUAUCGCUGUUGUUUGGUUAAUACUUUUUUUUUUUCAGUUUUAUAGAAAAAAAAUGGGGAAGUUCAGGAUUUUUUCUACAUGGUAUAAAACUCCAAUGAAUUAGUGGUGACUAAAGAGCUGUGAAAAAUACCCCAUUAGGAGAUGAUGGGCUAAAUGUAGGUCCAUUUCUCUUAGACAAGUAGGAUAACCUUUAAGAUGCAUGGAACAACAUAAAAAUCGGGAAAACUAAAGCUGACAUUUGUUUCCAAGAAAUUCUGUGAGAACUAUCUAUGGAAAAGACAUCAGUGAUUGAGAAUAAUGUACAAAUUAAUGUGUUUGAAACUUGUGUAUCCAUUUCUUUAAUCUCAUACUCUUCAGUGAACGGUACACUUGUGUUCAGUUUUAUGAUCAAAAACAAAGACCAAAGAAGGCCAGCCUCAUUUGAUUGUGUAUAUUCUGCCUGUCUUAAUUAUCAAUAGCUGUAAGGAUACAGUGCAAGUGAUCUGGUAACCAGUGGUUCUCGUCCUUUUCUUUUAGGGGGGGAAAAACAAUUUUAAAAUGUAUAAUUUAUUGCUCAGCAAUAACCAUGUUGUUAAAAUAAUAAUAAAAAAAGGAAUUAGCAACAUGUCUUAAUUUCCCAAUAGCAUUAUUAUAUGUUGUAUUUCAGUUUACUGUAUAUUGUGUUUUUGUAUUUAUUUGUGUUUGGAGGUCUUGCUAUGUCUUUUUGUGUUUUAAAUGCUAAUAAACAAGGACAGUGUGUAAGAGUGUAGAAUGCUGAACUCUGAAAUGCUAAACUGUGUUAUUAAAGGAAAAAUAAAUAAGUAGGAAAUAAUAUUUUUUAAAAAAA